CAAGAACUUACCAGCCCACUACUCCCAAAUUUGGCCUCUACCCAGGCACCCACCCACGCGACCCGCACUCUCUCUCUCUAUAUAGCACAACCUUUUUCACUCCCUCCCAAAACACACCUCUACACUGUUACGCACACACUCUCCAUUCCUCUCAGUCUAUACCCGAACUGUUUUCCCACCAUUUUCUCCUUUCUCUCCACCACUCACACACCAGAAAAGCAUUCCUUUCACUUCUCCCAUGAAAAAAACUCAUCUCUCUCAACAAACUCUCCUAACUAGUCUCUAACAAAACCAAAAAAAAUCUCACCUCUUCUUCUUCUUCACUACCGGUUAUUCUCUAUCGCCUCUUUUCUUUUCAAUUUUACCCCUACAAAAAUGGAAAAAAAGCAAGGUUUUUUCUCAGCACUUAAAGAAGAAAUAGUCGGAGGAUUCUCCCCUUCUCGUUCUCGCUCAAACAGCCCGGCCAGAACUGCUUCAUCAAUGUCGGGUCUUCUCUACCGAAAAAAACACAGAAAGGACACUUCAUCCUACGCCGCACAACCAGAACCGUUGAUUGGGAAAUCGAGGAGCUCAAGGCCAAUGGUAGGGGAAACGUUAUCUCCACUAAUAGAGGGCCCGGAUCCCGAUGGAGGGGUGGGUGAGCAUAAACGGGCCGGGUCUGGGCCGGGUCUGGGUCAGUGGAUGAAAGGGCAGUUAUCGAGGACUCCAUCUGUUACUAGUUUGGCUUAUAAGAGGUCUGAUCUGAGGUUAUUGCUUGGUGUCAUGGGUGCACCAUUGGCUCCGGUGCAUGUUAGCACUUUAGACCCUUUGCCUCACCUUAGCAUUAAAGACACCCCCAUUGAAACUUCCUCUGCUCAAUACAUAUUGCAGCAGUACAUGGCAGCGUCUGGUGGGCAGCAGGUGCAGACCUCGAUUCGAAAUGCAUAUGCCAUGGGAAAGCUUAAGAUGAUAGUUUCGGAGUCUGAAACACCCACAAGGGUGGUGAAGAACCGCAAUGAUGCUAGAGGUGUUGAGUCAGGUGGGUUUGUGCUUUGGCAGAUGAAUCCUGAUAUGUGGUAUGUUGAGCUUGCCGUUGGGGGUGAUAAGGUUCGUGCUGGCUGCAAUGGCAAACUUGUCUGGAGGCACACACCUUGGCUUGGUGCACAUACUGCCAAAGGUCCUGUUAGACCAUUGCGUAGAGCGCUCCAGGGUCUUGAUCCAAGAACCACAGCUAGUAUGUUUGCAGAUGCAAGGUGCAUAGGAGAGAAAAACAUAAAUGGCGAGGAUUGCUUUAUACUAAAGGUAUUGGCUGAUCCACAGACUCUGAAAGCUCGGAGUGAAGGCCCGGGCGAGAUCAUAAGGCAUGUUCUGUUUGGCUACUUCAGCCAAAAGACUGGACUUCUUGUUCAUAUGGAGGAUUCACAUCUGACCCGCAACCAAUCCAUUGGCGGGGAUGCAGUUUACUGGGAAACGACAAUCAAUUCAUUCCUUGAUGAUUACAGGCCAGUUGAGGGGAUCAUGAUUGCCCACUCAGGUCGCUCUGCUGUGACUCUUUACAGGUUUGGUGAGGUGGCAAUGAGCCAUACCAAGACAAAGAUGGAGGAAGCUUGGACUAUUGAAGAGGUUGCAUUCAACGUGCCUGGCCUUUCAGUAGACUGUUUUAUCCCCCCAGCAGAUUUAAAACCAGGGUCCUUUAGUGAAGCUUGUGAGCUACCUCAUGAUGAAAGGGGAAAGAGUGCAGUGGCAUUAGUAGCACUUCGGGCGAAAGUUGCAGCACUAGAUAAAUCAGAUGAUAGCUGUGGAGAUAACAUGACAUGGAAGACGGAGGUCUAAUCCAGGGUAGGAUUGCAUCACUACAAUUGUUUAUACUGGUAACUAGCUACAAUUGACUAACGGGUUAGGUAUUACGAAGUAGGAGUUGAAGUCAUUUUUUGGACUUUGGGAUCUACCUCUGUUAAUCUGUAAAAUAGAGCAUAAUCAUUCACUGUCUCAAACCGGGGCGUAGACGAAUCUUUAUACUCUCAAUGCAGAAUCCAGCGAGGGAGUUGGAGCUCGGUUUUCCAAUUAGGGAUAGAACAAAUGGAGGUUUUAGUUUUAGUUUACCUUCCAUGCCUGGAAGAAGGUGGUGAAGCUUUAAAAUAGCAGAACAAUAACAUUCUAUACUUCAACUAAUUCUAUCUGAGUGCAUACAGCAGUGGCGGUGGAAAGGAAAACUGCUUCUGGCUAACAUGAGUUUAACGCUUAUGUCUAUUUUGUUCACUUCUGUUUGUGGGCUUGUUACUCUUGGUGUGGUUGCUUAAUUCAUAUUGAAGGUUCUUGGUUUUGAAGGAAA